AUGGCUAUCGUUCAAGAGGACCGUCAUGGGCUGCGACUCCCAAAUCCACCUCCAUUGUUACAUACUCGUGGUCAAUUCGAUCGUCCAGGUACUCCAGAUGCCUUCACAAGUCCGCCACAGACCCCUCAGGGUAGUCCCAGCAAAUCACGACUCCCGCCCGGUGCACUAGAUUUACCCAAUGUCUUCGACAAGGCAAUGAAACUGACACCGACAUCCCCCUCCAAAUCAACCUAUAAUCACUACAAUCAUCCCAUGUUCUCUGCCGGUAAGGAUGAUUUCAACGAAAGUGUCAUCCACCAGACCCCUCCGAGCCCAACGCGCCGAUCAAACAAGGAGAACACGCCUCCCAACCCAACGCGCCUAACCAAGGACUUGGGCUCCACCCCGACCGCCGCAGCCUUAUCGCGUCAGGAACCCUAUCAGCAGCGCGAUGACACGACAAAGCGCCAGGUACAAAUGCGCGGCCUAACACCAGAGGAAAUCGAAAAACUCGCACAACCAAAGGUCAAGCGGCUCGUCAACGUAACGCAACUCUGUAAGCAACCCCCAGUUCCCAACCCCUCCACCCAAUCUAACAGUUCAGACUUCCUCGACCACUACUUCGACCUCCUCAGCUAUGUCCACAACCGCCAAACCCGCCACACCCAAUUCAAAGCUGCCUACCCCGAUCCCCCCGCCACCCCAAACGAAGAACAUGAACCCGCCCUCCUCAAAUACCUCGGGCGCGAGCGCGCACAUCUCCGCAAGCGCCGCACUCGCCUCCGACAAGGCGACUUCCAGAUUCUGACUCAAGUUGGCCAGGGCGGUUAUGGACAGGUCUAUCUCGCGCAGAAGAAAGAUACCCGGGAAGUGUGCGCUUUGAAGGUCAUGAGCAAGAAGUUACUUUUCAAACUUGAUGAAAUCCGCCAUAUCCUCACCGAGCGCGACAUUCUCACUGCGGCGAAAAGCGAAUGGCUCGUUAAAUUGCUCUACGCGUUCCAGGAUGAUUCCCAGAUCUAUCUUGCUAUGGAGUACGUGCCAGGUGGUGAUUUCCGCACUUUGUUGAAUAAUACGGGCGUUCUGCAUAAUCGCCAUGCGCGCUUUUAUAUCGCUGAGAUGUUCAGCUGUAUCGACGCGCUCCAUAUCCUGGGUUAUAUUCACCGUGAUCUGAAGCCGGAGAAUUUCCUCAUUGAUUCAACGGGGCAUGUCAAGUUGACUGAUUUCGGUCUGGCGGCUGGUAUGCUCAGUCCUGGCAAGAUCGAGUCUAUGCGCGUCAAGCUUGAAGAGGUCGGAAAUACGCCUGUGCCGUUUGGUCGGCCCAUGGAGCAGCGCACUAUGGCCGAGCGCAGACAGGGGUAUCAAUCGCUUCGCCAGCGCGAAGUCAACUACGCGAAGUCCAUUGUCGGAUCGCCUGAUUACAUGGCCCCUGAGGUUCUCAAGGGUGACCAAUAUGAUUUCACGGUUGAUUACUGGAGUCUGGGAUGUAUGCUGUUUGAAGCGUUGGCUGGAUAUCCGCCUUUCGCGGGAGCGACAGUCGAAGAGACGUGGCAGAACUUGAAGCGCUGGCAGAAGGUUCUUCGGAAGCCUGUGUACGAAGAUCCGAAUUAUUUCCUUUCGCGGCGGACUUGGGAUCUUAUUACAAAGUUGGUUGCUGGGAAGGAUACGCGGUUCAAGAAUAUUAAGGAGAUCCAUGCGCAUGAUUACUUUGCUGAGGUGGACUUUGCGAAUCUGCGCGAGCAGCGCGCUCCCUUCGUUCCGGAGCUCGAUUCUGAGACUGAUGCUGGGUACUUUGAUGAUUUCAGCAACGAGGCGGAUAUGGCCAAGUACAAGGAGGUUCAUGAUAAGCAGCGCGCGUUGGAGGAUAUGGCUGAUCGGGAUGACAAGAUGAGCAAGGGGUUGUUUGUUGGGUUUACUUUCCGGCACCGCAAACCUGCAGUUGAUAGCAAUGGGCGCAGCAGCUCUCCCCGGAAGCCUAUCGCCACGGACGGCACAUUUGGAACGAUGUUCUAA